GGCUCACAAAGGAAAGAACUCAUGCUUAUCCUCGCAUUUAUAUGGGAUGAUGUCCUCGACCUGGUCCGGUCACUGCUGUGUUGGAUCCUCUCGAUCUCGUAAAGAACUAUUCCGGGUCCGCUCCGGAAACGGAAAUGAAUUGAAGACGAAAUGAGUAGAGCUAGAGGCUUUAUUGACGUAAAGUUCCACCGUGCUGGUGAAGCUGAUAGAUUCAUUGCACCCGCCUGUUGGUGGAGAUCUUUUUGUAUGUUGUGCCGAUGAAGAAUACUUAGCGUCAGCGUCUUUCGACGACCCUGCUCGAUGUCGAUUCUCCAACAUAAUUUCAGCGACAAAGAUGACUCGUAGACUCUUGACCAACACGAUGAACAUAUUUCGUUUUUAGUUAGAAUCUGUUUCACUCAAGAACAUCGAAGAAAGUGACCACGACUUCGUGCAGGAGUAUAUACGUAUAAGCUGUUUUCCGCCACUGAAAUAGAACUAUACAUCUACUAGCGACCUAGCCACAAAAGAGAAAAUGUUGUUCUACCAGUGGUUCCAGACGCUGGCUCAGAAAAAGGCGGACGUGACAGUGGAGUUGAAGAACGACCUGCAAAUACAGGGCCAGAUCUAUCCUAUGUAAAAACGUCCCCACCCCAGAGUUGUCAUGCGAAUCAGCAUGGUAAAAAUGCUUCUCAUGCGAAGCCCCAUGAGAGGCAUUUUGUAGUCCUAUUUCGCAAUUUGUCAUGCUCCAAUCGGCAUGACGUGCUAGAUCUGUAAUGCUGCUGAACUAGCUAAUAAACAGGAUUACAUUAUGAGGCCAAACUUGUCAUGCAGAACUCCCAAAACUUGGGGAUUUGUGUUGCAGACUUCCCAUCUUGACCAUGGUGUGCUGGGAAUGUUUUUACAUAUCAUAAGAUCGUAGCGGUGGACCAGUUUUUGAACAUCCGUUUGAACUAUGAACUGCAAAUAUGUUUGGGUCUGGAAGAUUGCAACUUGUCAUGGUAAAUCUGAAGCAUGCAAAAAUCUGUGUUGCAUGAGUGCCAAAAGCUGUCCAGCACUUCGACCAAGUUCGAACGGAGUUUCUCAUGCAGAAUAGGCAUGGCAGAGACCUCGCAGAGUCUGUCAUGCUAAGUCCCGCAUUCCAGACUUCAUGGGUCAUGGAAAAUCCGCAUGACAAGUCUACACUCUUCCAGGAGACCCAGACAUUUUUGCACUUGAUAGGAACCAGGUCACCUGCAGCGACCCCGACAAGUUUCCGUACCUGCUCAGCUUGAAGAACUGCUUCAUCCGCGGGUCAACGUUGCGGUACGUCCAUCUGAAGAAGGACGACGUCGACGAACAGCAACUCCAGGAAGCAACUAUGAAGGAAGCCACGGAGAAAAAAAUGGAACUUCAGGCAGAAAUGCAAAAGGCUCUGCGGCAGUGAAGCUUUUCAUCCCAUGAUGUGGUGCGUGCAGUCAAAAGGACGAGGGCAAGAAGAUGAUGUCUACGUCAGGACGUAGGACGAGAUGAUGCGUGCUUAUGUCAUUACGCAGAAGGAAACAAUGUCGACAGUACCUGUCUGUUUGUCCUUGCCAAGCAACAACCACAAAGUGAAUGUGUACCAAUCGAGGAGUCGCGUCGCGCUUUUUUUGAAAUAGUUGAAUGAAGUGACACAACCCACAUCGUGCCUUGUGGUCCAAGACCAAGCAUAAACGCACCCG